UUUCUAAAAUUGGAUUUAUAUUAUUUAACUCCGAUUGAAAGUGCAAUACAAUGUAAAAGUACAGAAUUGAUUACCAAUAUGGUAUAUUGAUUUCUACUUUUCUGUUGCUCUAUUGCCAUUAUUGUUGCAUUUCAGAUGUUUUGAGCUACAAAUAUAUAAUGCUACAAAUUGAUGUUAUGAGCUAAUAAACAAAUUAUAAUGUAUAUUGUGAUAUAAAUAAAUAAUCAAAAAAUCUAAAACAUAUUUGAGACAAUAACUACUUAAUCUCUGUAUAUUGAGAAGAAGCAUCAAUGUUUAAUACAUUGUAAUUAUUGAAAGUAAAACAAAGCAUCUCCAUAUAUCUACUUUGAUAAUAUGAAUAAAACACCUGUUUCCAUUCUCCAAGAAAUGAUGGUGAAGCAGGGUAUGACACCUGAUUAUGAAUUGAUAUAUGAUGGAGGAGGGAGUCAUGUAAAUACCUUUACAUAUCAAGUUACAUGUGAUGGUCUCAAAGCUACUGGCACAGGUCGUUGUAAAAAAGAUGCUAAACACGAGGCUGCUAAAGCUAUGUUAACAGAAAUUGCUGCACAUAGGAACUAUCCACAAUUGCCACCUGCCAGUAACCCAAUAGAUUCUCCUUCCAGAUCACCUUUUCGCUCAAUACCAGUAGCUCCAAAACAAUCCAAUGCUCCAUUUGUUAAUGCCAUAGGUGAAUUACAGGAUCUAUGUGCAGAAAAUAACCUACAGGAGCCACAAUAUCUUCUUAUUCGAGAUCUUGGCCCACCACAUGCCAGAAUUUUCACCAUUCGAUGUAUAGUAUCUAAUUUUACAGAAGAUGGAACUUCGACUACCAAAAAAUUAGCAAAACACGAUGCUGCCAAAAAAAUGGUUGAAAGAAUAAAAGGACUUAUAAUACAAAAUGGCUUAAAUGAAGAUGAAGAUGAAACAUGUACAGUCUCAUCUACAGAAACAGACUCAGUUAAUAAUGCAAAAGAGUAUUAUCGUGCCUUAACCAAAACAACAAGAAAGAUUAAUCUUGGCAUUAGAUUAUCAGAAUAUCAUGUAAAAUGGGGAGAUUCUUUAGAAUCUGCUCAGCGCAAUAAAAUAUUAGAACAAUUAAGUAAUAUUAUUGUUGAGGAGGAUUUCUCAGAUGAUAUUACUAUAGAAGUAAUAAAAGAAACACUAUCAAAAUUAGAAACAAUACUUUCCGAAGUCAAUGUAAUAAUUAAUAUGAAAGAUCUCGCGGCGGAUAAUAAUUAUUUUAUGAAAACAAUAGAACUCAACACUUGUCCUAUUCUUACUCAAAUUGGUAUCGGAAAAAGUAGUACAGAAGCUACUUGGAAAGCAUUAUGUCUAAUGAUAAAUUCUGUCAAGUUGAUCUUGUCUCAAUAGAGAACAAGUGUUUUAGAGAUUUAUUCAAUAAAGAGAAUAAAUCUCUUUAAAAACAAUACGGGAAUAUAAACUACUAUAAAUGAACAAACUAAUAGAAAUAUUUCUGACGUUUAUGUUAUUAUUAACAAUUAGUGGUUGAAUAAAAACCAAACGGUUUAAAGAAUCGGUUUAAUUUCACAUUAGAUACUUAUGGUUUUAUAGUUUUACGUAAGAUAUUUUAUACGGACAAAAAAGAUGUUUAAGUUGAGUCUUAAGUUUUUGAAUAUUUUCAGUCUGGUCAAUUUUUAGUUCGUACUUCUGAGUAUACAUUUGUACAAAAACUUUUCAAGGAUUUUUUUGUGAUUUAUAUUUUCAAGUUUAUUUUUAUAAAAUUCGAUAUUUUUCUACUAUUCUAUUAGAAUAUAUCUAGAAAAUUUACAAUUUAGUUGAUUUUUCUUAAUAUAUAAUUUUAAUAUAUAUUUUAUAUAAGUUGAUGUUUAUUUUGAAAGACUGUUAAUUCGUGAUGUGUAAAAUAAUAUGAAUUGAUUUUACACUUACAACGUCUAGUAUACAUAGAUAAUAAACAAAUGAUAUAAGAUUGAUGAUAUGUAAGUCGAUAAAUUUGAAAAAACGUAUAGCAAAUAGACAAAUUUCUUGAACAUAUUUCUAUAUGUUAUUUCUAUUUUGUUUAUAAGUCAAGUUAUGGCACGUCACGUUUUCUUGUAUUGAUGCGUAAUGAGAUUUUGGGACGAGAUGUCUGAUGCAUUCUAAUGUAAGUAUUUAUGAUAUUAUAUUUAUAACAUAAUAUGUACAAGCAAUGCUUUUGUACAUAAAAAACUUACAUCAAUAAUUGCUACUGUCUGUAUGCAUAUUCAAUAAAAUGUUUGUACAUUUUA